GGGUGGGACUUGGAGAAGGGGGCGGGGCCUGGGAGUGGAUAAGGGAGAGAGGGAAGCAGAGAGAGAGUUCUCCGUACUAUCAACAGCUACAACACAUAUUUAUCUACACAGCUAGACAGAAAGCCCAGGACAAUGAGCGUAAAUGAAAAAGAACCUCCACCCUACAACAUACCAGUUGAAGGACAAGGUGAUAGUGGGGUGAAGGUAUAUCAUGUCCAUACCCCCUUCAACCCUCCUUCCUCCACCAUCCCCUCCAAUAACUACUCUAUGUAUCAGUCUCAGUCUCAGUCUCAGGGAAAGCCAGUGUACACCAGUGGAGGAGGUGGUGUUGGAGGAGGUGGUGAAACUCCCACUCAGAAGUUUGUGAGUUAUGACACAGAACUGGGCCGUUCAGAGGGCAUGACCACCUGUACUUCCUGUCAACAACAGGUGAUGACGAACGUGACCUAUAAAGUCGGAGCCUACGCCUGGCUCAUGUGCAUCCUCUUCAUCCUCUGUGGGUUGGUAGUGGGCUGCUGUCUGAUCCCGUUCUUCAUGAAACACUUUAAGGAUGCGUACCACUCCUGUCCUCGUUGCAACCGCAUUAUCCACGUGGACAAGCCACGCUGUUGCUGACCGCCAUACCACCACCCACCACUAGGAGAGCUGCUGCUGACUGCCAUACCACCACCCACCACUAGGAGAGCUGCUGCUGACUGCCAUACCACCACCCACCACUAGGAGAGCUGCUGCUGACUGCCAUACCACCACCCACCACUAGGAGAGCUGUUGCUGACUGCCAUACCACCACCCACCACUAGGAGAGCUGCUGCUGACUGCCAUACCACCACCCACCACUAGGAGAGCUGUUGCUGACUGCCAUACCACCACCCACCACUAGGAGAGCAAUUGCUGACCGCCAUAACCCCACCCACCACUAGGGGAGCUGUUGCUGACUGCCAUACCACCACCCACCACUAGGAGAGCUGCUACUGACCGCCAUACCACCGCCCACCACCAAGGGGAGCUGGUGCUGUGGCCAAUAUGCUUUACUACCAGCAGGGGAGCUGUGGCUCUGCUCUCAGUCUGACCACUGGCCACUCUCUCGGUCUGGAUUCCAUUAGAAGUGCACCAGUACAGUGAAAUGCUUUUCUCACAGAAAACAUGCUCCCUUUCCCUCAUGCACCCACAGCUCGGUGUAGGAAUUUGAGAGUGGUUAUAUUUAUCCAGCCCCAUCCCUCAGCUGUUUACCAAUGCAGUGGCGGGGUCAGGGUGACCGUUUUUUGGUAGUUCUUUGAAUUGCAGAUUGCCCUUUUAAAUUUCGGGUUUCAAUACGGCUCUUAUCUACACUCUAUCAGAACAGCGAGGGAGAGGAAAAGGGGGGGAUGUUUUCAGAAUGGAAUCCAGCCGAAGGGAGAGACCCCCUAGCAGCAGCCCCACAGAAACCUACAGGAUUUACACAGUCGUAGGAUGAAUCCACAAAAUGGCACCCUACUCCCUAUAUAGUGCACUACGUUCGAGAGGGAGCUAGUACAAAAGUAGUCCACUACAUAGGGAAUAGGGUACGAUUUGGGACACACUUUAGUUUAAAUGCUGACCUAACUUAAUGUACCAGAGGGUUGUAAAUAGUAUGAAUCUGUGACCUAUUUUUGUAAAAUAAAAAUAAAAACAAGCUAGCAGAUGAAGACGUGGUAGAGCUCAACCUGGGCCUUGUUCACAAAGGGAGCAGGGUUGUACAGUUCUAGUAACUUACCCAGGUUUCCCACAAACCCCAGGUUGGAAUAUGAGAAGGGAAGAGGGUAGCCUGGGUACUAGUCUGUUAAGAUAUCAUUCCACUCUUUGUUCUUGGCAAACAUGGCUUGACAAAGAGUGGAAUGUUAACACACAAACAGACUGGAUUUCUCCAGGCUAGGAAGAGGCAGAACAUACGGGAAUACGCCAACCGGGAUGUCUGAUUGGUUACCGGACUACUGCAACCCGUUGAGUAACCUUAUACAGAACCUGCAGAUAGAAAUGUGUUGUGUAGAACAGACAUGAUUCCCUGGUAAAUGUCUAUCUAUAUUCCCGUUGAGUAACCUUAUACAGAACCUUCAGAUAGAAAUGUGUUGUGUAGAACAGACAUGAUUCCCUGGUAAAUGUCUAUCUAUAUUCCCGUUGAGUAACCUUAUACAGAACCUUCAGAUAGAAAUGUGAUGUGUAGAACAGACAUGAUUCCCUGGUAAAUGUCUAUCUAUAUUCCCUUGAGAAACCUUAUACAGAACCUUCAGAUAGAAAUGUGUUGUGUAGAACAGACAUGAUUCCCUGGUAAAUGUCUAUCUAUAUUCCCUUGAGUAACCUUAUACAGAACCUCCAGAUAGAAAUGUGUUGUGUAGAACAGACAUGAUUCCCUGGUAAAUGUCUAUCUAUAUUCCCUUGAGUAACCUUAUACAGAACCUCCAGAUAGAAAUGUGUUGUGUAGAACAGACAUGAUUCCCUGGUAAAUGUCUAUCUAUAUUCCCUUGAGUAACCUUAUACAGAACCUCCAGAUAGAAAUGUGUGUAUCUGUCGGUUGGUCAACCCAGGGCCUUAAUCAAGGGAAUAUAGAUAGUAAUGUAUACAUUUUACCAGGGAAUCAUGUCUGUUCUACACAACACAUUUCUAUCUAUAUUCCCUUGAUUAAGGCCCUGGGUUGACCAACCGACAGACAACGAGCCCAAUAUUCAGAUAAUGAUCAUUGUAGCUAUGAUUCCUACAAAUCGGGCAUCAUUUAGUGCUCUCCCCAGGUCUUCCCCCCCUUUCAGAAAGCUGUUAUGUACAUAAAGGACUGAACUGGGUGUUUUACCUUAAAUUAAAAUUAUAACUCAUCAUUCUAACUGUCAACUACAAUGACGUGCAACAGCACCACAUAGCUGACCUGAUCUGUUAUAUUGUGUAACAUCACAUAGCUGACCUGAUGUUCUGUUAUAUUGUGUAACAUCACAUAGCUGACCUGAUGUUCUGUUAUAUUGUGUAACACCACACAGCUGACCUGAUGUUCUGUUAUAUUGUGUAACAUCACACAGCUGACCUGAUGUUCUGUUAUAUUGUGUAACAUCACAUAGCUGACCUGAUGUUCUGUUAUAUUGUGUAACAACACACAGCUGACCUGAUGUUCUGUUAUAUUGUGUAACAACACACAGCUGACCUGAUGUUCUGUUAUAUUGUGUAACAACAUACAGCUGACCUGAUGUUCUGUUAUAUUGUGUAACAUCACACAGCUGACCUGAUGUUCUGUUAUAUUGUGUAACACCACACAGCUGACCUGAUGUUCUGUUAUAUUGUGUAACAACACACAGCUGACCUGAUGUUCUGUUAUAUUGUGUAACACCAUCACACAGCUGACGAGAAAUGGAGUACUGUUAUAUUGCUUACAUAGAUUAUAUGCCUCUAAUAAAAUAUAUUAUCACUUU